CUUCCUCAAAAAGCAGAGCUGAUAGACGUACACGUAGGACGAAGGCUCAGAUCAUCUGGACGCAGGGAUAUUACUAUCUUCAGGUGGUCGUGGUUACUAUAAUACUGGUCCUAAGAACCUUGACUCUAAGUAGCUCUUCGCGCAGAAGUUAAAGUAAGUGAUAGUUGUAGUUCCUCGUCUUUCUCCACUACUAGUAGUAGAAGAAGAAGAGCAGACUGUCUCCUCACAGAACAAAGAAGAGGCACUUGCUCCUAUGUUUUAGAAGAGGCACAACUUCUACAGUUUCUUCCUUUUAAGUACUGAACAAGAAGAUAAUCUUGCUUGUUCACCACGGUGAGACUACCUCUUAAUUGUCAACAAAGAAACAACUACAAUAUAAUAAAACUACACUAGCUACAUAUCAAAACACUACAAGAACAAGAAGAUAUAUGAUGUAUAACCUUCCACCUGGUGCUGGUGGUGCGCCAGGAGGAGGACCUGGCGGACGAUACCCUCCGAUGUAUCCAGGAGCAGGGAUGGCGGCAGCACCUCCACACCCUGGAAUGUACCCACCUGGGAGUAUGUUCCCGCCACAAAUGGGACCGCCACCGUCAAUGCAAGGAGCAGCAGGGUAUAUUAUGGAUUUCAGAGAUUGAAUUUGAUUUUGAUAGUAUUGAAAUUGCUGCUGGAGGUGUUCUUUUCUGAAGAUCCUCCACGACAAGUUUAGAAAUUCUGGUGAGCAGGAAAUAACGAAUAGUUUAACUCUAUUAAUUGAAUCAUCGUAGUCCGUCUUUCGUUCCUGCGAAAGAAAGUGAAGAAGUUCAUAACAUCUUAUUAUGUCAUACUUUACUCAAAAAAUAACUUCUGAUUUGUUGAUUGUUCUCGGACUACAUUUUCAUCACCUACAACUUCUAAUCGGCUGCCUCCGGGGGCAGGAUUGGGACCUGCGCAAGGAGCACCUCAUCCAAUGCAGGCGCAACAAAUGGCCAUGCACGCGGCAGCCGCUCAGCGUCAAAUGUUCUCACAGCAAAUGGCAAUGCAUCAAGCAGUGGCAGCACAACAACAACAACAACAACAACAGCAUUACCUUUAUGAAUGGUCGAUCUGGAUACGUAGUUGUAGAAUAAGAUCUUCACUUUCUUCCUCAUCUUGUUACCUCAAGUAGUUGAGCAUUCUUUUAUUCGUCGCCAUCUUACGAGGAUGUUCGUGAAGAAUACAAGAAUGAUGAAACUUAGCGGCCCCGAUGUUCUUGAAGUUGAUCAUUCGCAACAAAUACGAGCAAUAGAGGCAUAGAAACACCACCACCACUCUCUCUAAUCUGUGGCCGCUGCGCAGCAGCAGCAGAUGCAUUUAGCAGCUAUGCAUGGACAGGCCACGAGUAGCACUUCGAGUAAGGGUGGAGCGCCAAGACCGCCUCAGCCGAGACCACCUCACGCGAACGGAGGAGGAGCACCUUUGCAACACGGCGUAGGAGCUCUAGAUGGACCGGGCAACCUGAGUAACAUGAACAUGCAGGGACCUCAACACCCACCGCAGCAUGAGCAUCCUCCACUAAAUUUGAUGCCUCCUGGAGCUACUGGAAAGGGUGCUGUAGCACCUCCAAACAAUGUAGCUUUACAACAAGGUCUUAAAGGAGCACCAGCGGCCACUAGUAUUGCGACCACAGACCAGUCGCCUAUCAACCAUCCACAUCAAGGAGGUUCUGGUACAACUGGCUAAGGCUCCUCACCCCUAUCCAUCUUGUUCUGAGGCAUCGUCCUGAAAAGGCUCCUUUUCAGGGGGGAAAAGCGCCCGGGAAGAUGCGUCACAAGAUGGAUAGUACGGGUCCGCUGCUCGUCUAAGAUGGACCGCCAAAUCAAAUUAUGGGUCCGCCAACAACUUCCGGAGGAGCACAAAAUCAAAAAAACGACAAUAGUAUUCCUGGUGCAGGUGGAAUUGUGCAAACAAGAGAGCCACAACAUGCACCGCACCUAAACGAUAGCGCAACAGCACCAGCCCAACAGCACCAGCAACACCAAGCUGCAAUGAUGAAGGGACCGCAGAAAACAGGCAUCGUCGUGUCUUUGGAAGAGGUCUCCUUUUUCCUGGAGGAUAUGGACCGCACAGUGUGGUGGCUUCUGAAAAUAGCCAAAGUAAAGCUCGCUGAAAAUUAAGGCUCAUGAUAUUAAGUAGAAGUUCUUUAAUGUCUAUUGAUUGUUGUCACUAUCUGGUCGUGUAUCUUGUUCCUUCAGCGUCGGGAGCCACUAUGGGGUGCCGAUGGACGCGGCUGAGUGGGGUCUCAACAUGCUCCCCAUCCCUUGACUUCUUAAAGGGGAUGAAAGAAACUAAGGGGGAAAAAGGGCAACUCACUCUCACUCGACCACGGAUAGUGAAAAACUUGCUUUAAGAAAAAAUGCUUCACAGUAGCACCAUGGGCGGCGAAAUGAUGGGGGUGGAGCCUACCACGACGCUCUGUAGUAGGACCUUUGGCACAGAUCCAGAAGGUCUUCUCGUGCGAGGCGACGAGCAGCUGCCUCCGGACCAUAUUAUUAAGGGUAGGUUAAAGGUGCUUUUCUUACCGCUUUUUGUGCCUCUUCUAAGGGAGAAAGGCACUAUAACAAGCGCGGUAAGCGAGCACCAAAAACCUACCUCUAAUAUUAUCAGGCAAGAACCAUGGUAUGCGACUAUGGAGUCGAUCGAAAAAAACGUGCUCGCCCACAUCGAAACUCAUGAACACCAAUUGAGAAGCAAAAUGUUCAUCGUCACGGAACGUACUACUCUUUACUCGUAAAAUAAAUUUUGCAAAAUGUUCAUCGUCACGGAACGUACUACUCUUUACUCUUAAAAUAAAUUUUGCAAAAUGUUCAUCGUCACGGAACGUACUACUUUUUACUCUUAAGAAUUUUUGUAGUAAUUUUUUAGCGCAAUUCCAGCAAUUUCUUUUCCUACUAGUAUUCAGGGUAGGUUAAAGGUGCUUUUCUUACCGCUUUUUAUGCCUCUCCUAAGGGAGAAAGGCAUAACAAGCGGGGUAAGCGAGCACCAAAAACCUACCUCCAGUAGUAGAUGAAAAGGAACGAGAACGUGGUCAAACAUGAAUAUCCGCAUCCCUGCUCCAGAAGGUUGUAGAUGCAAUUGAAACACCAGGCAACAACUACGAUGAAAAUCAUUUUUCAUUACAUUCUACCUCUAGCUGCCUUCUUAUUCUUAAUUAACAGCAACCUAAACUAACACGCCUUCUUAUUCUUAACAGCAACACAAGAACAGCGGGAACUCUUGGACGUGCUCAAGCUUCUGCGGUUCAACAGUGGAGGAAGGAUUAGCAUCUUCGACAUUCCAAGCGUCGAAAUGAAUCAUAAAACGUACUUAAUUCUUUUAUUUUUGCUUUACACGCUUUGGACGAUUUAUGCUAUUUUUGUUCGCAUCUAGUAAGCGGACUGCUCGGCCAUUGUCGGGCCUCCGCUGAUAAUAGGCACCAACUUCCCUUUCGGAAAUUGACCUGCAUAUUUUCGUUGCUAUGUUUUUUAGCGUUGCGCUUCGUGACUUCAUAUCAUUUGAGGCUGCAGAGUGUCAUCGUAUAGUCUAGAGGUUGGUAUGUUAGCCAAUGAUAGACUUCAUGGAAUGGAAUGUUUAUUCAUUUUCUGUUGGGUAUCAACUUCUGCAAGUAGUAGUUACUAGGAGUAGUGCGAGCCUCUAGUUCUUCAACCUAGUGAGCAGUAAAGAUGACAACAAAGAAUAAAUCAAUCACAAUCCACCUGAAGAUCUGUAUUCAAAAACUAAAAAGAACUACAACACAAUAAAAUCUUCAGGUUGUGGUCGUUUUUGCAUGCAGACUUCUUGCAGAUUUUGCCGCAGUUCGCUACUUUUGCCGAUUUGGUGGAGGGUGGCUCAACGAGAGAGAAAUACUUCAUGCAGAGUAUCUCGAUCGUGCCCUACGUGUGUCACACAUCGAGCAAGGAAGGAGACCGGAUCAAGCUCUAUAUUAAGGCUUAUAACAUAACAAGAAUAUUAACUCAUGAGCAUGAUUUAUUUUCAAGGGUCAUCUUCCUUUCUUGUUUCCUUUUGUUCGGAAUACUGAGAGAAAGAUGAAAGAACUAGAACUACCUAUGAAUCAAAUAGAAUUAGAAAUAGAACUACCUAUGAGAAUCAAAUAGAAAUGCUGGUUUGUUUACUAUUUUUGCUCUAAUGAUAGUGUCUGGCACCCAGACAAGAAGCGCCGGCAUUGGAGCUUCGUAACAGGAGACAUUCAGAGGAGUCAUGGCACCGUGGAAAUGGCAGCCAAAAUCCUAUGGCACGAAGCAGUGGGGGUCUUUUAUCAAUGGACAUGGGAAAAAACUUUCAAGAAAGGUACUUGUCCUCGCCAAAGAUGCACACUUCUAGCGACAGAAAUUGUGAAGUGUAGAAAUAAGACUGUUCUCACUCCUCCUCUAACUUGAUCCAUCACCUCCUUAAUAGUAAAACUUGUUUUUUUCACAUUCACAUGAUCUUCAUCUUUUCAUUCUUACAACCUACAACCGGAAGAUACCCCUUGUGUGAGAACGAGGCAGAGGCAUCCUAGUAUCCUAUUCUUCUAUCCUAUCCUAUCCAUAGGUGCUUCUUGCCCUUCGCGCAGUACCACGGCUAGUUCCGAGAGCAGAGGUAAGGACCACCACCAUGGGCCCUCGACUGGGGUGACCGAGAAGGAUUUCUUUCUCUACGUCCACCACGAAAAGGAAGGCUCGAAAUACCAAGUGAGACCUUACCUCUUUUUGAAUGCCAGCGAAGACUUUUACGACCGUACUACUAUAGUCAGCGAAGCCAUUCCCGACAUCGGCUCCCAGGGCCUCAACUGCGUUCGGUACGACGACCUCUUUGACAAGCGCAAGAUGGUUCAUACACAGGGACACUACUACAAGAGCUUUGACGAUAGCUGCUGGCUGGAUUUGGACUGGGAAACGGGACGUCUAAGCAGCAGAAAACAAGGAGAGCGAGGGAAUAUCAACCGCAAUCUUGAAUUAUGGCGAAUCACAUGAAAAAGAAUCUUUUCAUUUCUUGAACGAUAGAGAUAUUAGCUGAAGAUAACAAGUACGAAAUUCAAAUUUGUGCUGCUGGUUGUACCUUUCUUAGUAGAUAGAUAGACUGCUUUUUCUCAUCUUACAAACCUUGCCACUCGUACCCCCACCUCUACCUCCACCAAACUAACGUCGCACGACCAAACCACAACCACCUCAUCUACUAUCACUAUCUUCCUCCUCUAAUCUCCAUCUUGUUUAAGCAGCAACCCAAGAAGCUUUGGAGUGACCUCUUUGGGCAGUUGCUGGGAAAAUCAGAAGCCGACUGCGCCAAUGUCUUGGGUAAGGAUUUGCCGACGCAGCCACCCUUUUCCGCGCACAUGAUUGGCAUUGACAAGGCUGCCAGUACCGAGGACAUCAUCGAAUUCUUCAAGGAUGGCGCGCCACAUUGUACUUUUCACAACAGCUUUAUUAUCGGAAGUUCCAGAUGGCGGAGCCACGACCAUCUUCAGUCUUCGUGUUCGUCUUUUCCCUUUGUGUCAACAACCACUUAGGAUGAGAGAAAUGAUCUGAUGAGUACGACUUCAAUCUAUAAACUUCCAUCCCGCGUCUUCUUUCAUUUUAUAAGGCGAAAAAGAUGCUGCUGUCUUCUAACCACAAUUUCUACUACGACUUCUACUUUUCCUUGUUCUCUACCUCCUAUUUAUAUAAUACUUCAGGCCAAGUCCUCGAAGUGAUCCAAAUGGCGGAGCCACGACAUAGUGCGCGUGUCAAUUUUGUAGAUCAGCCCAGUCUCCGCGCUGGUCUUCGAAAGCAUAAUGAGUAUCUGAAAAGACGGAAAGUCAAGUUGGAAUUGUGGGAGGAUGGAACCUAUUGCGUCCCAGCGAAGGGUGGCGCUGCAGCGACCACCACUGAAACUGAGGGCGGGGACGGUGAUGCCCCUAAACCCGCAAACAAGAGAGACGGACCGGUAUUGCUUUUACUAUUUCGCUUAUAACUAAUAGGAAAUGAUCAUGAUCUUCAAUAUCAAUAUUUUGCAGCUGUGCACUCUUAAGAAAUUCAACAGUUCUUAGUUUUUUACCUUCUAGUCCUAAAAACUAUAACAGAGCGAGUACACUGGUCCGCUCCCAGAGGAAGGUCCUUUUAAGUGCAUUUGCCGCAAUUUGGAUCGCAAUGUGACGGAUAAUGAUUUGGGCUACUUCUUUUGGGAUCGGGAUUGUGAACCUAAAUAUCUCGCCAUGGAGGUCGCCGGCAAGCAUUCAGGCGUCGUCGAAUUCGACUCUCGCGAACAUCUGAUUAAGGCUUUGCCUUUGGAUUUGAUUUUUCUACUAUAAAUCUAAUUCUAUUUCUAAUUCUAAUUUAUCUUUCUUUGUUCAGUGCACGAACAACAACAUCUCUGCAGUACUUAUGUUGUACUUCGUCCUACUACUAGCUACAGUACUCUGCUUGUGCUUUUAUGUGAGCUACAGUACUUGCUUGUGCUUGUGCUACUACAACUAGCUAGAGUACUCUGCUCGAUAGUUAUAAAAAGACAGCGCCGAUCGCGAGAGUACUCGAUAGUUAUAAAAAGACAGCACCGAUCCUGCUAAUUAAAUGUAGAGUGAGUGCAGCUCUACUUCUUGGACACUCUCAUUCGAAGUUCUUCCUCUCAGGUCUUGUUGUUCAAAAAUGAAGUACUUAAGUACAUAUAAAAUGAUACUCUUCUAUGUCUAUUGGACCACGAGAACACCAGCUCUAAUGUGAAAUCAGCCUUGCGUUGGAACGGAGUUUUGUUCAAGGGUCGUGAAAUCUCUAUUCUCUUGUGGACACCGGAGGAUGAGAAGGCGCACGAAGAACGGGAACGCAGUCGCAGUGAAAGAGCUGACAACUCAACGUUUGUCUCAGGCGGUUCGUCAUUCGACAACAAGGAUAGGGAUGGCGGAGGCGGAAAGACAAAACGUGGAGGGGAUGAUAGAGGACAUAAAGGUACUUACUAUAAUUAACUUGUUUUUGGAAAGGUAGAAAAUAGAGCUGUUGAUCAUGUAAAAAUAAAUUUAGAAAAAUUCCUCUACAAGUACAUCAACGACUUUGCUGGUGUUCUUGGUUUGAAAAUAGCUCUACAACUACUUCAACUACUACGAAGAUCCCGACCCAACCCUUACGAAGAUCCCGAGAAAAAUGAUGAACACAACAGGCGACCGCGACUUCCAUCCGCGCGACCGACAGAACAAGGACAAGGGAAAGGGAGGUGGCAAGAGACGUGAAGUGUCCGACUCAGUGUGGGAGCGUGGCAUCAAACCGCAAGAGCAAAAGGGUGGUAAGGAAGGGAAUGGACACCAUCACAACUCCGACAAGGAUCAUGGCGGACGCGGUGGCAAAGGCGAUAGACUCCACAACAACAAAGGCAAUAGUCGCGACCAGCAUCACGAUGCGUCCAAAGCCGAUAAGGAUGACAAUUGGAGACGUGGGGGCUAAGGAGCGUUGUUGAGGCAGAUCACAGUAGGUGGACUGUUAAUUCUAACAAGAGUGCUGAUAGGUAAGUACUAAUAUAGGGGGACAUAAAAAGACACAUUCUUCACCAUGGUCUACAUAUAACCUUCAACACGGCCACCUCCUGGGUUUUUCGUGUACUAGAGAAAGAGAUGCGAAGACAAUUCCAAAAAUUGUUCAUCAAUAGAGAAUCCUUCUGUACAAGAACUUCCUCAUUCACAUUCAGCAUAUUAUGGAAAUACUAGUACAUCUUCUUGGAGGACCUACCCAAUGAGAUCAAAAACAUACUCAUUUCUGGUCAUAAUCAUGAAGCUGUUUGCACUCUACCUCUAGCUACUCCGCACUUGCUGAUCUCAGCAACAUGCCUCUCUAGCAGCAGUGUGCCAGAAGAGGAUGUUGAGCCUGCACCUGAUUGCACUUCAUAGUCGGUCAGGCUCAAUCACAGAUUUGGUGCACAUAUUGGCAAGGCAUGGAGCAGGAAAAAGCAUCACUGCUCUUUUUUGGUGCUGCCUCGUCCCCAAAAAAUGUUUGUCUCCGUCCUAUUCAUUAAAUUUAGUGCAAAUGAAGAUCAAGCUAAAAUUAUUCUACUCCUAGUGCCUUUCGUAACAAGUACACUUUCCAUGAAAUUUGAUAUCUUUUAGUCUACUAGGUAGACUAAAAAUAACCCGAAUAGAUGAACGCACCAACAUCGCAUUUGUCAGCUUAUACUAUCUUAAUUUCAAUUUGUGUUGAAGAUCCCUUCCUUCAUAGUAUAAAUGAGACGAAUUCUAAUACAAUAGAGUGUCUGACUUCAUCAGUAACAAACUGUAUAUGUAGAUGUACAACUUCUAGCAAUACCAUAUUAGUACAUCAACAUGAUCAUGUUGGGUAUUGUUGAGACAGUAUAAUCAAUGCAGAAUCACGGUCAUCAUAUAUCUGAUUUCAUAUCGUCUCCAGGCGGUGCAACAGAUUCCAGAAGGGAAGAUCUGCUGAUGCAAGAAGAGCAGGGGGAUCACCCGAUAAAGCUCUGGUCAAUUUCAUCCCGUUCCCUUUGUAAGACCUCACUCGUCUCAUCUCUCUCCCGCCCUCGCCACGAGAAAAAACCGAAUACACUUGUAAUUAUUAAUUUAGUAUAGAAGACGAGUGUUUCUGUUUGGUACUAAGAUUUGCUUUUGCUUGAUUACAUUUCCUACAAGAAGAACAUGCUUCCUAGUACUACAACAUGUGUAGGUACGUCGCUAUCUACAAAAACAGAACAAAAGAGAAAAGUAGCGUGUGUCUACUCGUCACAGGAAGCAGUGGACUCCUGAUGUCAGGACCUGAGCUGUUCUACUUGUGAGCCGUCGACUAAUAUGCCCGUG